UCUAUAUACAGCCACAUCGUAGAACUGCUGUUGCUGCUAAACAAAUACUACCAUUGAUUUUAAUUACCAAGAAGCCAAACUAGAAACGACUUAGGAGUGACAGUUUUGUUGUGAAGAGAAGGAAAACGAAUAUGAACAUCUUAGACAGGAAUGUCUUUCGUGAAGUCUUCUAGAAGCACAGAAACUUCAUUAUAAACAAAAUUUGGAGCUUUUUUUUUAACCCUUUGCCUCCAAAAGACUUAUCCAGCUGAAAUAUCAUAAAAAAAAAAGAUGGCGCGCCUCGCGAUUUUACUAUUAACAGCAACUUGGCUAAUUAUAAGAAGGUCAUCGGGCUCAGAGGGAACCUGCAAUGAGACUACGAAAAUCAGGAUCACUCAUCCGGACAUCCUCCGGUUUCUAACACCUGAGCAACUGGAGACAGGCCGCGCCCUCCCGUCGUCACCUCCUAUGGGAAUGUCCAUGUUCCACCUGUCUCGACUUGCCCGGGACGAAAUCCAGGUGGCCAAAAAGCUGAAGGAGUUGGAGGCGCUUCUCCACAGGGUGACGCACGUUCUAAAGAGAUAUUCGAUGUCCUGGUCGGAGCUCUCCGAGGCGGACGUGGGCACAGAAGGAUGGGCGGAACAUCCUCUGCACGCCUACGCCCUCACUAAGCACGUGGCACUUGGGUGGCCAGACGUUGAAGAGGCUCUCUCGCUCCUGCAGGGGAAGACAACUGUUGUCGACGAUCUGCUGAAGAGACGCAAUACCACCGGAGUGCCAACAGCAGAGGACCUGACCUCCGUUGCCGGAGGGCUGGCCAGGGUCCAUGACUUUUACUCGCUCGACUUGAACGCCAUCUCCCAAGCUCACCUCAGGUCACGAUUGAGUCCGCUUCCUGUGCCUGCGAAGAUCAUGCCCUCGGUUUGGGACCUGUACCGAAUAGGGAAGGAAGCCAUUAGGAUCAACAUCUGGAGCUCUGGCGUCGACUUCCUGAGAACUGCCUUAGACCGCUACAACGCAACUUUGUCUCGGCCAUCGUGUGUGUCCUCUUCCGAUCAUACCUCGCCGAUGUGUUCGAGUUUCGACAUGAAAGGACAUCCUUUUGACAAGCGAGAUGAAAUGAGCCGUCUCCCAGACGAAUUCAAGAAAGCUGUUAAGAUGCACGACCAAGUUCUCGAACGGAAGGGGUUCCGCACGAAGAAUCACAGCACCCACCAAAAGCCGUUGGAUAAGCACCUCGCCAGGAAGCGGAAGUACCACAAGAAACAAGAGACCAUCGUCGGUGAAGUUGGCACGCACACUGAGGGUCAGGUCCAGUACGUGAGGCUCUGUCGUGGGGAAGACCUCAGGGCAACCAAUGCAACAUCCGACCUCUACUGUCGCUACCUUAGCAACGGCUCCCCACUAUACAUCAUCGGUCCCCUGAAGAUGGAGGUCCAUUCCCUUUCCCCUUACAUCGUGACGAUCGAAGGAGUGGUGACGUCAUCGGAGGCCAAAGCCUUCAAGCAAACGGCCUCCGUUUUGCUAGAGAAAUCCAGCACCUUCAGGUAUAACGGAGAGAGCGAGGUCAGCUAUCAGAGAACUAGCUCCACCGCUUGGUUGUACGAACACAAUAGCAAGUACUUGCCUCUUCUGACGGGCCGCAUUGAGGGACUGACAGGGAUGAACUGCCAGCAAUACGUUGCCGCUGAAACUUAUCAGGUUGUCAACUACGGCGUGGGAGGCCACUAUACAGUCCACCAUGACGCCACAGCCUCCAGUCUCCCCUUCAAUCGCAUGGCAACCUUCCUUAUUUACCUCACCGACGUCCAGCAAGGAGGUGCGACCGUAUUUCCUUGGCUGGGUUUUGGCGUUCGGCCUAGACAAGGGAUGGGCCUCCUUUGGUACAACCUGAGCCCAGCAGGAGAACGAGACGACAGGCUGGAGCACGCAGCCUGCCCAGUCCUGUUCGGAGAUAAAUGGAUCAUCAACAAAUGGAUAACGUAUGGCGGCCAGUUUACCAGAAUUCCUUGCACAACCAGUGAAGAAGAUUACGUCAAACAGCCGCUGGCGUAGGAUCAGCGUCAACGAUUAUGAUAAUGUGCCGCCAAAUAAUCCUUAUUCAGUCAGUCAGUCGAUAAUGUGAGCUGCGAGCUUCCAGCUGUUUCCCUACGAGAAUAUUUUCAAAUUCUAAAAAUACCACCAUAACUCAGGCUGUGGUUACCUUCUGUUUAGUCGUAAUUCUGCAUAAACAGUCAACUGGACAUAAGAAGGAAUGCCAAGACACUGAUGUUGAAAUACGGAUACGCUGAAGUGUCACUUGUCAUGUACCUGACUUAUGGGGGUCAGCAGACAAAUAUAUUUAUGGAAAAAUAAAAUAUUAAAUAGA